CAGAUUUGAUACAUUUUAUAUCGAUAGCAAUUGCCACCCAGGGUGAAUGGCAAAAAGUGGUCAAGGAAAUUUCCUUUAUUAGUAAAUUAGUUUCAGCAAUUAACAGAUACAACAAGAUCAACAUGAAUCGAGCAAGAUUGGCCUUAGGGCAGCGCCUGAUCCGGUGCUAUUCCUUGACGCCCAAGUCGAAUGAACCCUUGAAGAUUUCCAAAGUCGCUGCAUCCGCUGUGAAUGUCAAUUCACCGGCAGCCAUUAAAUUCUUCAGUUCAUCGCUAUCGUUGGGUAAAAAUUGUUCAAUUGGCAAGUUGCAGGAAUUCAUUAUUCGUAGACAUUCAUCAUCUUCGGUUGCCAAGAAUAUGGAAGAACAUUGUGUAGUGCCUGAUGUCAUUGCCAAAGCUCCAAACGCUACGGCUUGUGUGGAAUAUGAUGGCGGCAUAAGCGUUCAACCCGGCGUGGUGCUAACACCAACACAAGUUAAAAACCAGCCUUCAGUUAAGUGGGAGGCUGAUGAUUCGAAAUUUUAUACUCUGUGCAUGACCGAUCCUGAUGCACCAAGCCGCAAGGAUCCAAAAUUCCGUGAAUGGCAUCAUUGGCUGGUGGGCAACAUUCCUGGAAAUAAGAUCGACAAGGGAGAGGUACUGUCUGCCUACAUUGGUUCAGGUCCUCCAGAGGGAACCGGCUUGCAUCGUUACGUCUUCCUUAUCUAUGAGCAGAAAUGUGAACUGAAAUUCGAUGAGAAACGUUUGCCCAACAAUAGUGGAGACGAUCGUGGUGGUUUUAAGAUUGCCAAAUUCGCUGAGAAAUAUAAUUUGGGGGAUCCAAUUGCCGCCAAUCUUUAUCAGGCUGAAUUUGAUGAUUAUGUACCGAUUCUUUAUAAGCAAUUAGGUGCCUAAUUUAACCAUUAUUAUAUCUUUAUAUAUACAUAUGUGUAAAUCCUAUAAAGGGCAUUUCUAGCUAGAAAAAAAACUGCAAAUUAACUAAA